UGUGCUUCCAGCCUUCCACAGGCCCGGUGGUCCAACCUUGCGCCAAAGCUGCAAAGUGCAAAAGUGUGAGCACUCUCUUCUUUCAGAUGCGUGAUGCGAUUAAAGACCUUUUCUCUCUCUAAGAAGCCAUGGAGCUUGGAGCCUUGGAUUUUCUUCGUUCAGAAGCCAAAAAUCUCAUACUUCAUGUAGCUUUUGGCUUGUGAAACUCUACUUUGAUUCAAGUCCGUGUGUUGGGGAAGUGUUUGAACUGGGGAAUUGAUAUAUUGAGCUGAUGUAAUGGGUGAUAAUUCUUUGGAUGGUAUGAUGACGGAUCUUGAUAUGAACCACGACCCGUCCGACCCGGGCCCGCCUUCUGACCCGGUUUUAGGGUUUGGGUCUUUCUUGAAUGAUUUACAGACUGCCUAUAAUAGAAUAGGGGAGAGGAUUGAUUCUUUCUUGAAUGAUUUAGGAACUGCCCAUAAUAAUGUAAUAGAGGAGAGAAUCAGACAGCUGGAGGCUGUCACUGCUAGAGUUAGGGCACGAAAUACUUGGCGUCAGGCUAGAAAUUCCGUGGGAGUAAAUAGCGUGUUAGUUGAAGAGAAUGUUUAUGUAGAAGGUAGCGGGGAUGUGGCGGGAAUGAAUGUGGUUCCGGGGAGGGGAUGCAAAAGGGACAGUAGCCAUUUGGUGGCGAAGGCGUUAGCAAUGGAUUCUGAGACGGGGAAGGUUGAGAAGGAUGUUCAGGGAUUUUUUGAUUGUAAUAUAUGCUUAGAGAUGGCCCGGGAGCCUGUUUUGACUUGCUGUGGUCACUUGUAUUGUUGGAUGUGUUUUUUUCAGUUGCCAUAUGUUUAUUCCACGAUGAAGGAGUGCCCGGUUUGCAAAGGUGAGGUGACGGAUGCCACGGUUAUUCCCAUUUAUGGUAAUGGAAACAGGAACUACGAGAAAGAAUUGGAGUCGGGUUUGAAGAUACCUCCAAGGCCGAAAGCACAACGAGUUGAGAGUGUUAGGCAACAGCGUGGGGGACGGGGCUUGUCUCAUAUUCGGGUUGCACAAGCACUCGGGCGAAUUAGGGCUAGCAUGGGAUUGGGCGAUCAGCCCCAGCAACAACUGUCGGGUGGUUCUAAUGUUAGUUCCAUAACGGGUUCUCAGGAGUCUCAAAAUCCAAAUAGCAAUAGCCCGGUGUUUUCCCGUGUGCGUGUGAGAAUAUUAUCCGAAAAUUCCGCUUCCUUGUCAUCACAAGGAGAUAACGCACAGAGAAUAUUUGAGGACUUUGCGCCAAGUACUGGCCCGAGCCAACAAAGAAUCAGUGCACCGGGUUUACCGAUUGGUGAUGAUGUGAUGAGGGAUGUUGACUCUUUUGGAAGGGAUGACACGUUUCCACGCACAGAGCGUCAAGUUCUGGAUUCAACCACAGAGAUAAACUCUCCUGCAUCAAUUCCUUCGUCUUCCCGAGCAAGUGACGUUUCUGAUUCCGUUACACGAUUGGAAAACCUAAUAACAGCUACUCUUGCCGAAAUUAAUAUGCAUGUUCGCCCUGCUUCUUCUUCUUCUUCUUCUCAAAGAAGACUUAGUUUAUUGAGGCUUUCAGACAUUGACAGUCUAGUUUCUCGUGAAACUAGGAGAAGAAGAUUAAAUUAAUGACUUUUCAAUCGAUAAAAGGCAGUUCAAACUCGAGGAAGACAACAGAUGGUGUAGGCGUGUAGCUUCUUCUGUCCUUCAUUCCUCGGAAUGGACUUGGCGUUAGUUGCCCAAUCAGGUUCCCCGCUCUCUAGUUCCUUGAAAUGUAUGUUAGCUUGAAGAAAGACGCUAUCUGCAGAACCGUUGCAGAUUUGUAGCCUCUGUACAUUAUUUUCAUGCUCUUAUCGAUCGACUUUUCGAUCACUGUGCCAUGUUUUCCUAUGUUUACAACCUCAAAUAACAUGUGGAAACUAGAAUUUACAGGGAAAGGGUAAUACUAUGUUGUUGUUUACUGGUCAUUUUCCUCAAAUCUGAUCUGUGUUUCAUUAUUGUGGUUUUGUUGAAGACAACAUUAUUGUGAUGACAACAUUUUGAUGGAGUGAAGGGAUCAGUGAUGAGGAUUUAUGUACAUAUAAUCAUUAGUGCAAUGUGGCAUAAUCCAAGAGUGAAUCCAAAUUCAUAAUUGCUAAUAAAACCCAAACAGAUGUGGAGUUCA